AUGAAGGCCCUCUGUCUAGGUCUGCUUGCCGUGAGCGCUCAAGUCGGCUUGGCGGUCCCUCAUGGUAGGUUUAACGCCUUCAUCCGUCGCUCCGACACGAACUCACCGUUUCAAGAUCACCACCAACAUCGACAUCCUGUGCGUGCUGUAACCACCAACACUGUCGUCGAUGUAGUAACGGUUACCGCGUCCAAUGCUGUUGUAUGGGUGGAUCAGAACGGCGUGAUCCUCUCUACUGAGUACCAUGACAAGCCUCCUGCAACCUCCGCCGCUACAGUUCCACCUACAGUCACACACACCGCUCCUGUCCAAAGUGGUGCCCCCAGCAGCGCUCCUCCAAGUGCUUCCUCACAACCUGCUUCCUCAUCCCAAGCCGCCAAUCGCCAAUCCAGCACCGCCCAAGGUAAUGCUCGCCCAAGCGACCAACAGACGUCCCCAUCUUACACUCCGCCAUUCUCUACGAACUAUCCUUCAUCUAAUGCUCCUACUUCAUCUGCUGCCCCAGCAUCCAAUUCUCCUGCCGGCAGUGCCGCACCCUCCAGUGGUGGCCAGAACAAAGUUCCUGCCGACAUGAGUGGGCUGGGGAUCUGCUAUGAAUUGAUCGAUAAUGCCGUCCAAUGCAGAUCAAAAGACACCAUGAACUCAGACUUUGCCCUCUUGAAGAGCCAGGGUUUUACCAAAGUCCGUGUUUACGACAUUGGCUGUCCGCUCGGUGAUGUUGCAGCCGCCGCUGGUGCUCAGGGUCUGGCUCUGAUCGCUGGUAUUAAUACUGUCAGUAGCGUUGCAAGUGAUAUUGCAAAACUCAUCAGCAUGCUGCAAGGCAACUGGGGUGUCGUCGAUACAAUCGUUGUUGGAAACGAGGUCGUUAAUACUAAUUCCGGCGCGGUUGGGUCAGUCGUUGCCGCCAUCGCAACUGCACGCGCUUUACUCUCCGCUGCCGGUUUCAGCGGGCACGUCGUCACGGUUGACACCUUCAUAGCACACUCAAAUCAUCCUGAGCUUUGCGCCAACUCAGACUACUGCGCUGUCAAUGCCCAUGCUUUCUUCGAUGUGAACACUUUGGCCGAACAGGCUGGCGAUUUCGUUCUGAAUACAGCUAUUGGAAUGGUUCAAAAAGUCGCCAAUGGCAAGACUAUAGUUGUCACCGAAUCUGGUUGGCCACAUCAGGGUUCUCCCAACGGAAAGGCAGUGCCCUCUGUACCAAAUCAACAAGCGGCAAUUGGAUCACUCAAAUCCAAGGUCGCUGGAAGUGGCAUUGGCCUUUUUCUCUUCCAGGCCUACGACGCAACCUAUAAACAGCCUGGAGCUCUGGGUGUCGAGCAAUUCUUUGGUAUCUACGGCCACUGA